AAACAUUUCACUUACCUUGCUUACUUGGCCGGGUGGGAGGGGGUUCUCGGGCGCCAAGGGCACGCCUCCGCAGGGCCAGCGGAAGAACUCAAUGAAUCAGCAUGAAAAUUGAAUUGUUUACAUUAAGCGCGCCGACGGUCCCUCGACCCGGCGGGCCCCAUACUGAAGGGGGGCAGGAAUGCAGAUGUAUGUGCAUGUGUGUGUGUGCAUGCAUCUUGGUAAGGGUGUGUGGCCCACCAGCAGCAGGGCGCUAUAAGUACCGUUGACCGCACGGUGAAUGGAGGCGAACCGCGUAAGUGAGCGCUUGCUACGGGCAAUUAAAUCAGUCAGAGCACGAGCAUAAACCACGCACCGGUGGGAACAGCAUACACCUAAGAUCACAAUGAAGUGCAGCGAAACGAUCGUAACCUUUGCCGUGGUGCUGACACUGCUUGCGUGUACCGUGACCGGUGCAAAGGGUGCCCGGCUGGAGGCUGAGCACGUCCGGCGCAUCCAUCAGAAUGCACGCGAGUGCGUGAAGGAAACGGGCAUACUGCCCAAGAACGCGUUCCGCGUGCUGAGCGGAGACUUUUCCGUCGACACGAUGAAGGCGAAGUGCUUUGUGAAAUGCUUCCUGGAUAAGGCCGGCUUCAUCGAUGACGAUGGGGUGAUCCAGCAGGACGUGAUUCGCGAAAAGCUGACGGUCGGCAUUGAGGCGGGCAAAGUGAACGAGCUGAUCAAAAAGUGUUCGGUGGAGGGUACGGACGCGUGCGACACGGCCUACCAAAUGUACAAGUGCUUCUUCAGCAAUCACAAGGUGCCGAAGGAACUGUUCCAGAUGCGCAAGGGCAUCGGGCGAAGGAAUAUGCAGCAGUGAGGAGCGGGAAAAAUGGGGGAUGGAAUAGUAUUUGAAGACUGAUUGUAGGUAAAUAAGUAAAUUGAUAAUAUUA